AUGAAAAUGAGACGCCCAGCUCUCGCCGCCGGCGCCACCUCCCCGCUCUCGCCUCCCACCGCUGCCGUCUCUGCCCACCCCUUCCCUCCCACGAACCACAAGCUUCACAGGGCCCGCAUCCGCCUCUCCUCCGCCGCGGCGGCUACCUCCAGGUGGGUCAACCCGCGGGCACCCCCACCCCGGCGCGGCGCGGGCGGGAGCGGGGCUAACCAGCGGCUGCACCACCUCGUCCACCUCGGCGACCUGGACGCCGCGCUCCUCCUUGUGGAGUCCAUGCGGGAUCCCGACCGACCCGCCGUGGUUCCCUGUACCCUCCUCAUCAAGAAGCUUUGCGCAGCGGGCCGCCUCGACGACGCUGAGCGUGUGCUCGGGGCCUCCGAGCGCGCGGGCACCGCCGAUGCCGUCGCGCGGAACACCCUCGUCGCGGGGUACUGCCGCGCGGGGGGUCGUCUCGCCGGCGCCGAGCGUAUGCUGGCCUCCCUUGCCGCUUCCGGCUCCGCCGAUGUCGUCACCUAUAACACCCUCGUCGCGGGUUACUGCCGCGAGGGCCGCCUCAACGACGCCCGGCGCCUCGUCGCCGACAUGCCGUUCUCCCCCAACUCGUACACCAAUAGCACCCUGCUCAAGGGCCUGUGCAACGAGAAGGAGUGGGACGAUGCCGAGGAGCUCCUCUCCGAGAUGAUCCGGAGUGGUUGCCCCCCAAAUGAUCUCACGUUCGGUAUGAUAAUCCAUUCGUUAUGUCAAAAUGGAUUGGUUGACCGUGCAAUGGGAGUUCUUGAUCAGAUGUCCAGGUGCAGGUGCACACGGGGCGUGAUUGUUUACAAUGAAAUCAUUAGUUUCCUUGCAGAGCUAGGGCGUGUUGAGGAGGCUCUUCGUUUAUUCAAUCAAAUGCCCUGCAAACCUGACAUCUUUAGUUACAACACUGUGAUGAAGGGUUUGUGUAGAGAUGAGCGCUGGGAGGAUGCAGGAGCGCUUAUUGCUGAGAUGGUUAGAAAGGAUUGCCCCCCAGAUGAAGUUACAUUCAACACAGUGAUCAGUUACUUGUGCCACAGAGGUUUGGUUGACUGUGCAAUGGAAGUUGUUGAGCAGAUGCCCAAGUAUGGAUGUAAACCUGAUAAUUUCACCUACAGUGCCCUAGUUAACGCCUUUUCUGAACAUGGCUGUGUGGAUGAUGCUCUUGAGUUACUAAGAACCAUACCAUGGAAACCUAACACUGUUUGCUAUCGAUCCGUACUGAAGGGACUGUGCAGAGCUGAUCGAUGGGAGGAUGUUGGGAAGCUUGUAGCUGAGAUGAUUAGAAACCAGAUGAACCUUGAUGAAGUCACAUUCGGGUUGAUCAUCUACUGUUUGUGCCAAAAAGGGCUAGUUGACUAUGGCGCUGAAGUUUUGGGGGAAAUGACAAAGUUUGGAUGCUCACCUGAUAUUAUCAUGUACAAUUCUCUUAUCAAUGGGUUUUCUGAAAACGGGAGUGUGGAUGAUGCCCUCGAGCUAUUCAAAAACAUGUCAUGCAAACGAAAUGUUGUUACCUAUAAUUAUAUGUUGAAGGGUUUGUGUAGAGCCGAGCGAUGGGAGGAUGCCGGGAAGCUCGUAGCUGAGAUGGUUAAGGAUGAAUGUCUCCCUAAUGAAGUGACAUUUAGUACCCUAAUCAGCUAUUUGUGCCAGAAAGGUUUUGUUGAGUGUGCAAUUGAAGUUUUUGAGAAAAUGCCGAAGUACAAUUGUAUGCCUAAUGUUAUAAUAUAUAGCACCCUUAUCAAUGGCCUUUCUGAACAAGAGUGUGUAGAUGAUGCCUUGAAGUUACUAAAUGACAUGCCCUGCAAGGCAGAUACCAUUUGCUAUAGUGCUGCAUUGAAAGGCUUGUGUAGGGCUGAGCGAUGGGUGGAUGCCGGUGAACUGAUACUGGAGAUGAUUAGAAAGAACUGUCUGCCAGAUGAAGUCACAUUCAGUAUACUAAUCAAUAACUUGUGUCACAAAGGGUUUCUUGAGUCUGCAACUGAAGUUUCUGAGCUAAUGCUUAAGUAUGAAUGCAUGCCUAAUGUUUUUAUUUACAGUUCCCUCAUUAAUGGCUUUGCUGAACAAAACCGUGCUGAAGAUGCUCUCAAGUUACUAAGAAACAUGCCAUGUGAGCCUGACACCAUUUGCUACAGCGCUGCACUGAAGGGUUUGUGUAGAGCAAAGCGAUGGGAGGAUGCCAGGGAGCUUAUAGCUGAGAUGUUUAGAAAGCAGUGCCCUCUAGAUGAAGCAACGUUCAGUAUGCUCAUUGGUUCAUUGUGCCAGAAUGGGCUGGUUGACAUGGCAACUGAAGUUUUUGAGCAAAUGUCAGUGUACGGAUGUAACCCUAAUAGUAAGAUUCAUAGUUCCCUUGUCAAUGGCUAUUCUGAGCAAAGGCGUGUGGAUGAAGGCCUCAAGUUAUUGAGCAGUAUGCCAUGA